AUGUUUUCUGUCGUUGAAGCCCAUAGUAUUCAUGCAACACUUCUGAUUUCAAUCAUUCCAGCUCUCAGUUCGCGAGAGGUUACAAUCGCGCCCCGUUUACAUACCAGCAAGUCAACGAAUCGAAUAGAGUGUAUUAUAGACUUCUCCUCAGGAGUCGGAGAAGCCGAUCGUCGCCAUGAAAAAGAUAUCUUCUACCAUAGCGCAAGACCUGACUGA